GACACCGUGUUUGUGUGGACUGAACCUCGGCUGUGUACUGGAGGACUGACUCUCCCGCUGAAGAGAACGUCUCCAUGUGAGGCGAUUGAUUUCUGGCUGAAGGUGGGCGCUGGGCUUGGAGUGUUCUGUGCUAUUCUGCUCAUCUCCCUGACCUGCUACUUCUGGAAGAAGAACAAAAAGCUGGAGUAUAAGUAUUCCAAACUCGUGAUGUCGGCCAAUAAAGAGUGCGAGUUACCAGUGGCGGACAGCUGUGCCAUUAUGGAAGGAGAAGGAGACGAGAACGAGGAGGAAGAAGUGGUUUAUGCCAACAAGUCUUCUCUUCUGGCUAAACUAAAGGCUAUUGCUACAAAG